CCGGAUCAUUGAGAGGCUUCUGGACUUACAGUCUCUUAAAAUAGAUGGGAUAAGAAGAGGGGGGCUGGGUCCAGAGACUGGAAUGUAAUGGCGGCUGUGACUAAGCCAGCACUAGCCAAUGGACCAGCGGAAGAGAGUCCCACACUCAGGAGAGCUUCUCAGGAACAGCUCAAGGGAAACGAGGAAGAGCAGAAGGUCAACGUCUCAAGCUCCACCUACAAACAGCGCAGCGAGGAGUUUCGGAAACUAUUCAAAGAUUUGCCGGAGAGCGAGAAGCUGAUUGUGGAGUACACCUGCGCUCUACAGAAGGACAUCCUACUGCAAGGCCGGCUUUACCUGUCCGAGAGCUGGAUCUGCUUCCACAGCAACAUCUUCCGCUGGGAGACUACGAUAUGUCUGCCACUGAAAGAUGUCACCUCCAUGACAAAGGAGAAGACAGCGCGACUCAUCCCCAACGCCAUCCAGAUCAGCACCGAAGGCGAGAAGUAUUUCUUAACAUCGUUCACCGCCAGAGACAGAAGUUUCCUGAACAUGUUCCGCAUGUGGCAGAAUGUUCUCCUGGAUAAGAGCCUGACCAAGAAGGAAUUCUGGCAGCUGGUACAGCAAAGCUAUGGCACCGAGCUGGGCCUGAAUAAUGAGGAGAUGGACAGUCUAGCCGUGUCAGCUGAGGACAUUACGGUGGCAAGGAUUCCAGGAAAGGCGGCGAGUGAGGAUCUGGGAGAGAAAGGUGAGAAGACAUCUCGGGGAUCUUCCCAGAUGAGGGAUGGCGUCUCCCAGACAGAGACGGAUUCACUGAACAUCCUACAAAUGAUAUCCACACAGUUCCUCCCAGAAGAGGGGGAGAAGGCGGCAAAGAAGAGCCCACUCCUGAGCUCCAGCAGGCAGAGUAGCCUCCGCUCACACAUCGGGACUCCGGCCCUGGCGUUGGACCUGAAUGGCAAUGAGAACCAGCAUGCUGACAGGAGCAGCUACUCCGACUCCGCUGAGGAACGUGACAGAGUUCAUGAUGAACAGGUGGAAGGGAGAUUAUACAUUAACCGGGUGUUCAACAUUAGGGCCCAGAGGAUGUUUGAGCUGCUCUUCACCCCCUCUCGUUUCAUGCAGAAGUUCUACUCCUCCAGGAAAGUCUUUGAUCUAGAGUCUUCUCCCUGGCAGCCAGACGAUAAUGGCAAUCAGACCAGGACGCUGACUUAUACAAUUACCAUCAACAACCCGCUGAUCGGGAAAUUCACUACUGCUACAGACAAACAGACUUUGUACAAGGAAAGUCAGCAAGGGCAGUCCUAUAACGUGUACACGGAGGUGAUCACGCACGACGUCCCGUACCACGAUUAUUUCUACACUGUGAACAAGUACUACAUAAGCCGCACCUCCAAACACAAGUGCAGAUUACGUGUUAUCACGGAUGUGAAGUACAAGAAGCAGCCUUGGGGUCUCGUCAAGACUUUCAUUGAAAGAAAUUCCUCGAGUGGCCUAGAGGAUUACUUUAAGCAGUUAGAAACGGACCUGUUGGUGGAGGAGACCCCAGGAAGCCCAUUGCAGGACAGCAGCACAGCCAGCAGCAUCAGGCGGAGGAGACGGACACACAGCCGCAGUCACACCGACCACCUAAGCAAACGCGGUUCCCUGCGUGACCCCGGGGAGGCGGGGCUGGACACCCGCCAGGAGAUCGCAGGCAAAAGAAGAGACGGUACCCGGAGACAUACCGUGAUCAUCGCUGUCAUGAGUGUUUUCCUGGUCUUGCUUGUUGUGCUCAACGUUACGCUGUUCAUCAAGCUGUCAAAGAUCGAGCAUGCCGCGCAGAGCUUCUACCAUGUUCACAUCCAGCAGGAGAAAUCCGCCAGGUUACACUCCAGCACUGUUGGGCGAGGAGACGAGUCUCACAGUAACAGAUUUGGACCAGGACUGAAGGGCGCCCUACAGGACUCCAUUAGCACACUUGAACAGCUGAAGAGCUCGCUGAUGCUCCUCCAGAAAAGCUUCGAUCUCAUGAACAAGACAAAGGGAGACGAGACUUCUGGGACUUAGCCGGACCG